AAAUUGUCUAAAAGAAGUUUUUACAAAAAUGCCGGGUAAAAGGAGACCAUGGCGAAAAGAAUUGAAAAAACAACAACGAAAACGCAAAAGACGAAAUGCUGCUAUUACACGCGAUCGGCUGUUGGAAGAAGAAGAAGCAAAGAAACUCAAAGAUUGUGCUUAUCAACAGUUUUUACAACAGCAAGCGCUGCUUGAAGCGCAGAAAUUACGCGAAAUUGAAAGACUGCACGACGCAGAAGAAGAAGCUUGGCUUAGACGUGACCUAUUAGCUCAUCGCCAGUUCCGCCUGCAACAACAGCAACGUGCCGCAGCGGAAGAUGCUGCAAACGCUAUACGCGCACAGCAAGAAAAGGAAUUGUUAGCAAAGUUAACAGAGGAGCAACGGCGACGUGAUGAACGUGAAAAACGUGAAGCGGCCGCUGCUGUUGAAUUUGAGCAAAUGAUGAGAUGUAUGGAAACAUUUCUCAAUAAUGGAGGUGAGCCGCCAGCAGAACUACGUCGUAUGGUAGAAUCACGACCCGGACAGAAGUUAUGCGCCUUAUAUGAACGUACAAAUUGCUGCCGUUAUGGACCGUCUUGCAUUAACAAUCAUCGCCGACCAUUACUCUCCAAUGUCAUUGUGGUGCGUCACUUCUUUAUGCAUCCCCUAUUGGAAGAGGAAAACGAACAUCAGGAAUAUGCGAAUGCUGAUGGCAACCUGGAGUUAAGUGAACAAGAUUUAUGUGAAGCUUACAAUGAAUUCUUCGAAGAUGUGGUGCCGGAAUUCGAAGUGUUCGGCUAUAUACAGAAUUUUCGGGCAAUACGAAAUAUACUGCGGCACUUGCGAGGUCAUGUGUUUGUCGAGUAUAUAGAAGAAAGAUCUGCACUAAAGGCUUUUAUAAAGCUUCAAGGACGUUAUUAUGCUGGAAAACAACUAAAUGUUGAAUUUGCAAACAUACAGACGUGGCGUAGUGCAAUUUGUGGUUUAUCAAAUUCGCGUAAAUGCCUCAACGGCAACAAAUGUCAUUAUUUACAUUUGUUUAAUAAUCCAGACAAUAAGUACAACACACCAAUGGUUAUUAAUAGAACACCCAGUAUUAAAGCCUAUAUGGCCACACCGUUACUAAGCUGGAAUGCGGUGACAGCAAGCGAUGUGAAGCAAAGCUCGCGCAAUUGGCGUUGGUCCGAGAGCCCUGAAGUGGAGGUAUCAACAGCGACAGAUGCGUUGGAGACUAAUAAGACCGAAACUAGCAACACAAAACGUAGUAGCAGUAGUGAAUUUAAAGAUAUCGAUAACAUGAAUGUUGCGCAAACUAGUGGCAAGAGUCAUAGUGAUAAUAACAAAAAGCAUAAGCGAAAAAAACAUAAACAUGAACGAGAAAAAGCACAUAAGAAGCAUAAACGGAAACGCGCGCACGGUUCCGACAGCAUUGACAGCGAAGAUGAAUAUCGGAAUAAACGCCAGAGUAAGCAAAAAAGCGAAAUUUCAAAAUCGUCAUCGUGGGGUUUAACUUAUAACGAUGACAGCGGUAAGCAUAGACGAUCGGCACAUAAAGAAGUAAUGAACAAAGAUAAAAGUCGAAGCCGCUCAAAGACAAGAGAUAAAAGGUACAACUUUGUAUUUUUUUUAAUAAAAUAUGUUAAAAGUUUUCUUUUUAUGAAAAAGUAGUUCAAAAAAGGAGGAAAGAAAAAAGUCGACAAUUUCGUGAGCUUGAUAGCUCUGCACCGUAAUAUUUAUUAUUUAGUUAAUACCACUGUACGUAUGUAAAUACAAAAGCAUAUGCAGCAAAAGUUGUUUCCGGUUUAGUAAGGAUUUGGACUUACAUAUUUAUAAGCACUGAAUGACAGUAACUUGGCUUCCAACUAGAUGCUUUGUUCGGGCUGCAUUGUAGUUGUAAGGUAUGAUAAUAUAAUAUGCUGUACUGAAGUAAAAUUGUAGAAUUUCUCAAAAUAUAGUUGUAAAAAAUAUGUAGCAUACUUUUAGGAGUUUCAUGUUAAACUGAGAAGUUUCUAAAUCUACUAUUAUUAAAAUAAAUAAAAACUCCAAAAAUAUUUUAUGAUAAAUACAAAAAAAUACAU